AUGCACCAGCCUUCGCAGGUGCCGCUGCAGCCACAGCACGCCUUUCAGAAUCGAUACACAGGACACCUUCACCCAGCCCAACACCAGGUCCUGCCCACGCAAUCGCAUGCGUCGCAGCUACAAAGCCCAGCAGUGGCGCCAAACGUGGCAACUAUUUCGUCGUCACCUCCAGUGCUGUGGCAAGUUCCACAGGUGCAAACGCCAACCAUACCCAUCGCAGCUUCCACGGCGCAGUGGGAGGGGCGUUCUCGAUCUCCUAGCCCCGGCUUGCACGGGCCUAGAAGCCAAUCGGCAGAAAAUGUGUCCUUGCGCCGCCCAUCUACUCCGCCGGCACCAUUCGCAGUCUCCACACUGUCACAAUGCCCCGGCGCCUCCAUGCCCAGCACUCCGCGUUUCAUGGCACAAGAGGCUCAGGCCAUGGCAAAAGCAGCAGCAGUUGCGGUGGCCAAGGCGGAAACUAAGUCUUGCCAGUAG